UUUCAUCGUUCUUGAACGACCGGUCGACAUUCAUCUCCGCCUCACCGUAAACACACAGACAAACUCGUCGUAACGUUCAGCAGUUCACUACCGCCAACAGACCGUUUGUUUAGGCAUCCCAGGGAAGUGGGUUUUACAACCGCUGUUUUUAAGCCCUUUUAGACAGUCAUGUGAUUGUAACGUAACCCGACCGGAAAACACCGACGACCAUCGCCGCCAAUGCUGCGUCUGAGAGGAACAGAGCAGCUGCGUGCCCAACGGACAAAUCCCCCGGUAGCAGACAACUCGCCAAACUCCACGCGAUCGAACGGAGAAAAGGUGGAAGUAUGGAGCUGGCCAAUCAUGGUCUUAUCCUUCUUCAGCAGCUCAACGCACAGAGGGAGUUUGGCUUCCUGUGUGACUGCACAGUCGCCAUCGGUGACGUCUUCUUCAAAGCACACAAGGCCGUACUGGCCGCAUUCUCGAAUUACUUCAGAAUGCUAUUUAUACACCAGGAUAGUGACUGUGUUCGCUUGAAGCCUGCUGACAUUCAGCCAGACAUCUUCAGCUACCUCCUUAACCUGAUGUAUACUGGCAAACUGGCAACGCAGCUUAUUGACCCGGCUCGUCUGGAGCAGGGCGUUAAGUUUCUCCAUGCUUACCCCCUCAUCCAGGAGGCAAGUCUAGCCAACCAUUCAAAUCAGGCUCACCCUGACAUAAGCUUUCCCCUCUCAUCCUCUCUUUACGGCAUUCAAAUAUCAGACCAGCAGGCCAUGCACACAAAUCGCCUCUCAGCGAGAACGCAUUUGUCUUCUCCGUUUGACUUGGAUGGCAGCGGUUUGCUGGACGGGAAGUGUGUAACCACAAACAAAGCUAGCUCGCUGACACGGUCUGGAUCCAAGCACAAGUAUCCUCUGUCAGAAACCGAAGUAGAGGCGUCUGCAAGCACCAGUCAGUUUGUGAGGGAGGCUACCGAAACGGAAACAUCUGCAGGUGAGGCCCCAUCUUGUUCUCCGAGUUCCAACACGAUUCUGCACGUAAAACCCAGCAUCAUGAGAAGAAGUUCCUCUUUCAGGAAGCAUUACACGUGCCACAUAUGUGGAGGCCGCUUUACCCAGCGGCUCGCCUUAAGAGAGCACCUGCUUUUACACACGCAGUCUAUGCUCCCCCUGGUGUUGGAGUCGGGUGGCGCAGCUUCCCCCAUGGCAACCGGAGGAGCUGCCACGCCUGAGGGGGAAGAAGUUUUUAGAGGUAGCGAAGCAAACGCCGCCACCCCCAUUGUAGACAUCGCCAGUGACAGCGAGCAGCAUCUAUACUCUAAAGACUCGCUGCACGCUGAAACCGCCAUGGCAAUGUCUACAACAGCAGUCGGCCUUUGUGCGGCACAGCCCCAGGCAGACACGCCUCCUCCGUCCGACAUCGCUGACAUCGACAACCUAGAGGGUGUGACGGACAUGGAGAGGGAAGUGAAGAGAAGGAAGUACGAGUGUUCCACUUGUGGCCGCAAGUUCAUCCAAAAGAGCCACUGGAGAGAGCACAUGUAUAUCCACACGGGCAAGCCGUACCGCUGCAGCGCCUGCGGAAAGAGCUUCUGCCGAGCCAAUCAGGCAGCGCGGCACGUCUGCGUAAAUCAGGGCUCGGAGCCGGCGUACACCAUGGUGGACCGGCAAAGCAUGGAGUUGUGUGCAGCAGAUGACUCCAGCCAGAUGGAGGCGCUGUUUCUGGGCUCAUCAGGGAGACCGUACAAAUGCAAUAUAUGUGAAAUGACCUUCUCUAGCCCCAAUGAGGUCAUCAAACACUUGUGCUUCAAUCAGGGGGGCGGUAUGGGAAUGGGGAUCACUGGGCUGAACAGUGACAACCUGGCCAAAGAUGAAGGCUCUGAUUCCUCCAGCGGUGGGCCGUUGAUCACACCUAUCAAAACUGAGGAAGUGUUUGUGGAGUAGUUCCACAUUCAUAGUGUUUCUAGUUAAUGUAUUGCAUUUGAUUUGUUUGUGGGUAAAUUAUCAAGUUAAGCUAACAGUACAGAUGGAAAAUUUUGGUGAUUUUGUUUUUUUUUUAUCAGGGAGCCUGAGACUUCUACUGAAAAGUACUUUUCACUUCAUUUUAUGUUAAAUAUUUUUAUUCAUUUACUUGGGUAAUACAAUUUACAUGGGGCGCACAGGUUGCGUUUGUGGUUAAAUUUCUUCCUCUGUCUAACUGUCUACAGGAAAAGGAUGUAGUGAACUGUUGGAAUCCAAAUUGCCACAGUGACAAAACUAGACCAUAGGAUGGCUUUGGUUAUUUAACGUUAAUUAAAUCAUGCUGGGAGUUUGAUAUCUUGGCUUCUUAAAAAAUAUAUAUAAUCUAAACAUGGUCGGUAUAUAAUUUUUUGAGCAGCUAAGUGUGGGAAUUGGUUUAAAGAACAAGUAUCCUUCACUACCUCAACCAGUUAGACCAGUUUGAGACUAACCAGAAAUUAGCAUCAAUUAUACAUGUUUUAAGUUAAAGAUCAGGUUAACACCUCCAAACAAUCACAUUCUUUGUCUGACACUGUUUUCUAACUUUUGUAUAUGCUUUGGGUUAGGCGUAAGUGCAGACAAACUUCAUUUAUGCAGUGCCGAAUAUAAUUUCAUAUUGGAGUUAAUGCUAUGAAUGACCCCACUUGCUUCGUUUUUGUAUUUUCACAUUGCCAUUUUCUAACAGUGUUGUUUUUCUGUGCCAUUACGUGAUGAACAUCCUGACUGUAAAACAUCUUUUGUAUCAUAAGCAGUGAUUGUUUGUUGCAGUGCAGCAGGCUCAUGUUAACCAGGUUAAGUUGUUUUAUUGUGGUUAAACAUGUUUACAGUUGUGCUGUGUUUAUUCAACACGCUCUUCAAAGCUGUUGUAUGUGAAUUUAGUAAACACUGUGGGCAAACCAUACACACACGUGUACAUAACAUUGCUUGAAUUUCGGAUGUUUGUCAUUUUUUUAGUAUGAUUUUUUCGGCCAUCAAAUUAUUUGCUUGAAUACGCUCUUAAAUUCCUUAUUUUUGAGUUUUGUAUAACUUUUCUAAUUUUAUAUACAAUGUAUUGACAAAGAAUUUUAUAAUCACAAAAGUUGUACAUUGUUAAUUGCAUUUAUUCCAGAAUAUUAUGCAUUUUAGUGUAGCACAGGUGUUUGUAUAUUUGUUUUCGUUUCAUUGGCUGUCUGUGUGUUUAUUGUAUUGACACUGACGGCGAGGUCAUGCUCGGCACUGAUAUCUACUAAAUAACCCUGACUACUUUAAAGAUACUUGUGCUAUAUCAGGAAACUUUUAUUGUUUUAAAUCAGGGCUACAUGUGUUCAGUGCUAAAUAUUUUUCCAUGUUUUAAUUAGUAAAGACUUAUAUAUUUUUAAUAGGGCACUGUGAGAUGUUACUACUGAAUAGCUAAUGAAAUCCCAGGAAUAAUCAUUUGAUUUCUAAUAAUUUUGUUACUUUUUUUUUUUUAUUGUGACUAAAAUAUAUUCGGCCAAGGCCUCCUUAUGUAUGUUCUUGAUGUGACGUUGUUACAGCUUUUGAUGAUUUGUACAUAUGCAAGUUGUUGCUCUUUGAGGCAGUUGUAGGGAGUGAAUAAGGUAAAUCCCCUCCGCCCUCCCUCAAGCGCACAAACCCCAAAGCCACGGCAAGCAUACUGUGAUCUCUCUCUCCUCAGGGACAUGAAAAAUGAAAUGUUGUCUCUGGAAAAAAUGUUCUUUGCAUUUUCAUGUGAAUAAUGAACAAUAAAUUCUUGGGUUUUUUA